AUGGUCAUGAUCCCUGAGGAGCUCUGCUCCUCCUACCUCUCGCUCGCCAUCCUCGUCGUGCCCGUCUUCCUCCUCGCGCCGCUCGCCACCAGCGACCUACUGUCGCAAAGCUGUGUCAAUGGCUGGAACUACACAGCGAACAGCACCUACCAAUCCAACCUCAAGCUCCUCUCCACGGAGCUCCCCAGGAAGGCGACCUUGUCUCCCACGCAUCUCUUCGCCGCCGACAGCGCCGGCACCGUCCCGGCAACCGUCUACGGCCUCACGCUCUGCCGCGGCGACACCACCACCAACGCCUCCGACUGCGCCGCCUGCGUCGCCAACGCCUACUUCAUGGACGCCACCGUGUACUACGACCCCUCCUACCUCCGCUUCUCGUACCAGAACUUCCUCACCUCCAUCGACAACAGCAAGCAGUACAUCAGCGCCAACGGCGAGAACUAUGCUCGGAAUUUCACUAAAACUGAAAACACAAUCAAGAACAACCUAAUGAUCGAGGAUGAAUGGAUGAGAUAUUUAAAACGUCCAAGAAAUAGAUAG